AUGCCCGGUGGCGCCUCCCUCCUCAACAGCGGCGGUGGCCUCACCGUCCCCGUCGUGGUGACCUGCCUCAUGGCGGCCUCCGGCGGCCUCAUCUUCGGCUACGACAUUGGAAUCUCAGGAGGUGUGUCGGAGAUGGAGGCUUUCCUGAAGAAGUUCUUCCCGGGCUUGCUCAAGCGGACGGCGCGCGGCGCCAGCAAGGACGUCUACUGCAUCUACAACAACCAGGCGCUGACGGCCUUCACCUCGUCGCUGUACGCGUUCGGCAUGGUGGGGACGCUGCUGGCGAGCCGCGUCACCCGGCGGCUGGGGCGCCAGGCCGUGAUGCUGAUCGGCGGCAGCCUGUUCCUGGCGGGCGCUCUCGUCAACGCCGCCGCGGCGAACCUCGCCAUGCUCAUCGUGGGACGGAUGCUGCUGGGCCUGGGCCUCGGGUUCUCCGGCCAGGCCACGCCGGUGUACCUCGCCGAGGUGUCGCCCCCGCGCUGGCGCGGCGGCUUCAUCUCGGCGUUCCCGCUCUUCAUCAGCAUAGGUUACCUGGUGGCCAACCUCAUCAACUACGGCACCUCGCGGAUCCCAGACUGGGGCUGGCGCCUGUCGCUGGGCCUCGCCGCCGUCCCGGCCGCCGUCAUGGUGGCGGGCGCCGCGUUCAUCCCGGACACCCCCAGCAGCCUCGUCCUGCGCGGGAAGCACGACGUCGCCCGCGCCGUGCUGCAGCGGGUGCGCGGCAAGGGCGUGGACAUCGGCGCCGAGUUCGCGGACAUCCUCGCCGCGGCGGAGAGCGACCGGCGGAACGAGGAGGGCGCGUUCCGGCGUAUCCUGCGCCGCGAGUACCGGCCGUACCUGGUGAUGGCCGUGGCGUUCCCGGUGUUCCUGAACCUCACCGGGGUCGCCGUCACCGCCUUCUUCUCGCCGAUUCUGUUCCGGACCGUCGGGUUCGAGAGCGACGCCGCGCUCAUGGGCGCCAUCAUCCUGGGACUGAUGAACAUCGGCGGCAUCCUCGCGUCGGGCUUCGCCAUGGACCGCUACGGCCGGAAGCUGCUCUUCAUCAUCGGUGGCGCGCUCAUGUUCACUUGCCAGGCAUACAAAUCUAGCUGCUUACACAUGUUACAUUCUUUAUUAUUGAUUCUUAUUAUUACAUGA